GGUGCGCAUGCGCAGUGCGGCCGAUGGGCGGGGCGGUGGCGAUGUGCCCGCCGCGGAGCGGGACGGCCGGUCUGGCUGGCAGCCCGAGCUCCGUCGAGGGGGCGCGGCGUCGCGGCGGGUCGAGUCAGUCGGGUCCACACUCCUAGCCGGACCGCCGAAAGUAAACGCUCCAGCCGCCGAUUCCGAGGCGCUCGCGAGUCCUCGCCCCCGCGGCCCGGCUCGCCGAGAGCCUGAGUGAGUCAGGGCCUCGCGGGCUGGGCGCCAUGGACGCGAGCGCGCUGGAGCGGGACGCCGUGCAGUUUGCCAGGCUGGCGGUGCAGCGCGACCAGGAGGGCCGCUACCCCGAGGCCGUGUUCUACUACAAGGAAGCUGCACAAGCCUUAAUUUACGCUGAGAUGGCAGGAUCAGGUCUAGAACGUAUUCAGGACAAAAUUAAUGAGUAUUUGGAAAGAGUUCAAGCUUUACAUUCAGCAGUUCAGUCAAAGAGUGCUGAUCCUUUGAAAUCAAAGCAUCAGUUGGACUUAGAGCGAGCACAUUUCCUUGUUACACAAGCUUUUGAUGAAGAUGAGAAGGGGAAUGUUGACGACGCUAUAGAAUUGUAUACAGAAGCUGUGGACCUCUGCCUGAAAACGUCUUAUGAAACUGCUGAUAAAACUCUGCAAAAUAAAUUGAAGCAGCUGGCUCGACAGGCACUAGAUAGAGCAGAAGCAUUGAGUGAACCACUAACCAAACCAUUAUGCAAAAUCAAAUCAACAAAUAUUAAACCAAAGCCACCUCCAACGAGAACACAUUUUCCACUGGGAGCUAAUCCUUUCCAUGAAAAACCUCAGCCAUUUGUAAGUCCACAAUCAUGUGAUGCACAAGGACAGAAAUAUACAGCAGAAGAAAUAGAAGUUCUCAGGACAACAUCAAAAAUAAAUGGGAUAGAAUAUGUCCCAUUUAUGAAUAUUGAUCUGAGGGAACGUUUUGCCUACCCAAUGCCUUUCUGUGAUAGAUGGGGCAAGCUGCCAUUAUCACCUAAGCAAAAAGCUACUUUUUCCAAAUGGGUACGACCAGAAGACCUUACCAAUAAUCCUACAAUGAUUUAUACGGUAUCCAGUUUUAGCAUAAAGCAGACAAUAGUAUCAGAUUGUUCCUUUGUGGCAUCACUGGCUAUCAGUGCAGCUUAUGAAAGACGGUUUAAUAAGAAGUUGAUUACCAGCAUAAUUUACCCUCAGAAUAAGGAUGGUGAGCCAGAGUACAAUCCCUGUGGAAAGUAUAUGGUGAAACUUCACCUCAACGGUGUCCCCAGAAAGGUGAUAAUUGAUGACCAGUUGCCUGUUGAUCAUAAGGGAGAAUUGCUGUGUUCUUAUUCCAACAAUAAAAGUGAGCUGUGGGUUUCUCUCAUAGAAAAGGCGUACAUGAAAGUCAUGGGAGGCUAUGAUUUCCCAGGAUCCAACUCAAACAUUGAUCUUCAUGCAUUGACAGGAUGGAUACCAGAGAGGAUUGCUAUGCACUCAGAUAGCCAGACUUUCAGUAAGGAUAAUUCUUUCAGGAUGCUUUACCAAAGGUUUCACAAAGGGGAUGUCCUCAUCACUGCAUCCACUGGAAUGAUGUCUGAAGCUGAAGGAGAGAAGUGGGGUCUGGUUCCCACACAUGCAUACGCUGUUUUGGAUAUUAGAGAGUUCAAGGGUCUGAGAUUUAUUCAAUUGAAAAAUCCUUGGAGUCAUUUGCGUUGGAAAGGAAGAUAUAGUGAGAAUGAUGUAAAAAACUGGACCCCAGAGUUGCAAAAAUAUUUAAACUUUGACCCUCGAACAGCUCAGAAAAUAGAUAAUGGAAUAUUCUGGAUUUCAUGGGAUGAUCUUUGCCAGUAUUAUGAUGUAAUUUACUUGAGUUGGAAUCCAGGCCUUUUUAAAGAAUCAACAUGUAUUCACAGUACGUGGGAUGCUAAACAGGGACCUGUUAAAGAUGUCUACAGCCUGGCCAACAACCCCCAGUACAAACUAGAGGUGCAGUGUCCACAAGGGGGCGCUGCAGUUUGGGUUUUGCUUAGUAGACACAUCACAGACAAGGAUGAUUUUGCAAAUAAUCGAGAAUUUAUCACCAUGGUUGUUUACAAGACUGAUGGGAAAAAAGUUUAUUACCCAGCUGACCCAGCGCCAUACAUUGACGGAAUUCGAAUUAACAGCCCUCACUAUUUGACGAAAAUAAAGCUGACCACACCUGGGACCCAUACUUUUACGUUAGUGGUUUCUCAGUAUGAGAAGCAGAACACAAUCCAUUAUACUGUCCGGGUAUAUUCAGCAUGCAGCUUUACUUUUUCAAAGAUUCCUUCACCAUACACCUUAUCAAAACAGAUUAAUGGAAAGUGGAGUGGUCAGAGUGCUGGAGGAUGUGGGAAUUUCCAGGAGACCCACAAAAAUAACCCCAUCUACCAAUUCCACAUAGAAAAGCCUGGACCACUGCUAAUUGAGCUGAGGGGACCAAGGCAAUACAGUGUUGGCUUCGAGAUCGUGACAGUCUCCACAGCUGGAGACCCUGGCCCCCAUGGCUUUCAGAGGAAAUCGAGUGGUGACUACAGGUGUGGGUUUUGCUACCUGGAAUUAGAAAAUAUACCUGUUGGGAUCUACAAUAUCAUCCCUAGUACGUUUCUGCCUAAACAAGAAGGACCUUUUUUCUUGGACUUUAAUAGUACUGUUCCCGUCAAGACAGCACAGCUUCAGUGAUGGAGGGCCUGCAGUUUCUGGAUUUUAUGUUUACCAGUCAUCGGCUCUUCAGAUGACACAAAACACGAGAAGAGGUUUAGCUCUCUAAAGUUCCCGCUGGAAUCUGGUGCUCCAGUCAGGGUGUUAAGUGAGGAGCGUGUAGUCAGAACUACUGUACAUCACCUAGAAGGACCAUUUCCAUGGUGUGUAUAAACAUGGAGUGGCUUGCGUGUGGAGCCAUGUGACUUAAGAGCAGAUGAUUAAAGCCUAAUCUUAGUCAGCAUCGUUGAAUGCUUUAAAAUGCUGAGGGAGGCACCUGAGACCAGAUUAGGAAAAAGACCUCAGACUCAUUGAGCGGAAGAGUAGGCCAGUAUAAUCUUCUGAAAUCAUUUACUUUGUCUUGUUGGCAGAGCAUGUCGUAUGCUAAAACUGCUUGUAUUGUGACUCCACAUCUUGGGCAACAAGUUACCAGAUGAAUCAUGUCAUCACCACAGGAUUUAAUUCUGCAUUACUUUAUGACUCGCAAAGGCUUAUUGUUGCCCAGGUUUUGUUAAAGAAUAAAGCUUUAAGAAGUACUCAUUAGCAUGAAGAUGCUCAGGCUCAAGAAUAAGAGUUGUUGAAGUCAGACAUUUGUCUCCUUUUGAACCAUGUGAAGAAAACUCAAGUACAUUCAUCACUGGAAUGUAUCAGGUAGAUGAAAGUGAUCUGAUACACUGAAGACAUUACAAUUUAAUUUGUAUAGUCUCUAAUUACUAUGUGGCUCAGUGCUCUGAUGGUGACAGCACGCUAAAGAAAAUGCAUUGGAGAACUUGAUACAUAAAUUGGGGUUGUAUUCAGAAAAAUUGCCAAGCUAUCACUGUCAACCUGUAAAUUUUCAGUUUACAUAAAAUCAGAAUCUGAUACUCCAGAUUUUAAAGAUUAAAAUUAAGGGGGAGUUUUUCAUUGUCUCCACUUUAUAAACUUAUUUUGUAUUUCUAUUAUCUUUAAUUGAAUAAAAUGUUUAUACUUAUGGAAACCUCA